CGUCCAGCAGCUGAUCGGUAAUCCAGAAGAAGUUUCCCCUCAGUUAGGGGGGAGCUCCACUUUGAAGCAGGAGACUCCACAACCACCCUGCAUUAAAAAGGAAGAGGAGGAACUCUGCAUCACUCAGGAGGGAGAGUGUCUUCUAGGACGAGAGGAAGCUGAUUACACCAAGUUUCCACUGAGUAUUCUCUCUGUGAAGACUGAAGAUGAUGAAGAGAAACCACAAGACGAAGACGAGGUUGAAGAACCUUUGAGCAGCGAUAAAGACUGUGAAGACGUCCAGCAGCUGAUCUGUAAUCCAGAAGAAGUUUCCCCUCAGUUAGGGGGGAGCUCCACUUUGAAGCAGGAGACUCCACAACCACCCUGCAUUAAAAAGGAAGAUGAGGAACUCUGCAUCACUCAGGAGGGAGAGUGUCUUCUAGGACGAGAGGAAGCUGAUUACACCAAGUUUCCACUGAGUAUUCUCUCUGUGAAGACUGAAGAUGAUGAAGAGAAACCACAAGUAGACAACCUCUUAGCUCCACUAUCAGAUAGUGAGGCUGAAGACGAGGUUGAAGAACCUUUGAGCAGCGAUAAAGACUGUGAAGGUGAUAUGAGGACUCACACUGACACCAAAAACUCUAAAUGCUCUACAAAGAAGAGAGAUGUCCAGCAGCUGAUCGGUAAUCCAAAAGAAGUUUCCCCUCAGUCAGGGGGGAGCUCCACUUUGAAGCAGGAGACUCCACAACCACCCUGCAUUAAAAAGGAAGAGGAGGAACUCUGCAUCACUCAGGAGGGAGAGUGUCUUCUAAGACGAGAGGAGGCUGAUUACACCAAGUUUCCACUGAGUAUUCUCUCUGUGAAGACUGAAGAUGAUGAAGAGAAACCACAAAUAGACAACCUCUUAGCUCCACUAUCAGAUAGUGAGGCUGAAGACGAGGUUGAAGAACCUUUGAGCAGCGAUAAAGACUGUGAAGUUGAUAUGAGGACUCACACUGACAACAAACACUCUGAAUGUUCUACAAAGAAGAGAGGUAAAACAUGUUUCAGCUGCUCAGUUUGUGCUGAAAACUUUACUAAAAAUAGACGUUUGACUCUAAACAUGAGAACACACACUGGUGAAAAAACAUUUAAUUGUUCAAUUUGUGGCAAAAGCUUUUCUCAAAAUAGCCAUUUGACUGAACACAUGACAACACACACAGGUGAAAAAACAUUUAGUUGUUCAGUUUGUGGCAAAAGCUGUUCUGUUAAGAGCACUUUGAUUGAACACAUGAGAACACACACAGGUGAAAAACCAUUUAGUUGUUCAGUUUGUGGCAACAGCUUUUCUCAAAAUGGCUCUUUGACUCAACACAAGAGAACACACACAGGAGAAAAACCAUUUAAGUGUUCAGUUUGUGGCAAAAGCUUUUCUGUUAAGAGCAAUUUGACUAAACACAUGAGAACACACACAGGUGAAAAACCAUUUAGUUGUUCAGUGUGCUGUAAAAGAUUCACACAUAAAGCAGACGCAGUAAAACACACAAGAACACACAAGGGAAAAUAACCAAUUAGCUGUUUAGUUUGUGGUAUGUUGCUCAUAUGUGGUGACAUCCACCCUACCCAGGACCUCCUCACUGCUUCUUUCACAAAUAUUUAAGGUAUUCAUACAAACUUGGAUUAUUUGAAGCAUAAUCUUAUCAACUCAUGACCCCAUGUCUACACUGUAUCUGAAACCUUCCUGAACAGUAAGAUAGAUGAUGCUUCAAGUGCUUGGUUACUCCUUCUUCAGUCCAGGGACCUGGGGCCUCAUGUGUCAAGUUUGUGCACGCUCAAAAACCUGCACUACACCCUUUUUCACUGCAAAGUUGAGAUGUAUCAAAACUGACGUUGAUGCAUAAGUGAUGCUGGGUAACUGUUUGCAUAACAAACUGCCAACUUUUACUCCUGAGACUGAUGGAUGUGCAAAUCAGAGACAUAUGAACAAUUAACCCCCAACACCCACAACCCAACCCCCACCUCCCUCGACAUUCGGGCAUAACAGGUUCAAUCCGGUCCGUGAGAUGAGUUUGCGAAGUGUAAAAUUCAGCUGCAUUUUUAAUGAAAUAAACUGCUGUUCUAAUUGUGUCCACUGGAUGUCGCGAUAGCAAUUCUGUUAGGCAAGCAAAUAGUUUAUACCGGGGCGAGCAAGUAUCCCAAGCAAGAGGUACACGGUAAAGCGGGGCUGUGACUCCUCCCCCUCCACCCAACGUAAAACAGGAGUAAAAUAAGCAAUCGGUAACCCCACUUAAAAUGCAGCAUGAGACACUGCACACUGAUAUAGUUCUGUGAAAAUGAUUGUCUUCUGUGCAAAUGUAAAGAAAGUGAAAAGUGUGUGAUUUACUGCAAUACUGUCAGUCUUUGAACUUUUUAUUUGUGCCUUGUUGAAAUUGUUCACAAAUUGCACAGCUUUUAUUUUUCUAUCAGUAUCAGAUGGCAGCGCCCUGACGGGCUGCGGCUUGCAGACGCUCAUGGUAGUAUAGAACAAUUUGUCAAAAAUACCGGCCAAUUAUUUAAAUUUCAUGGCUGGUUUACAGUUCUAGAUGUGGAUAGAUCAGGCCGUUUUGGACUGAAAGAUGCGUGUACGUUGGAGCUCCUUGCUAGCAUGGAAAUACUUCGCCGGUUACAUCCAGCGGCCUUUGACGCAGCGGAGUCAAGUAGCAGUCAACGGAAGACACGUAAGCGGUGUGAUCGGAAGCAGAAGCGGGGAUGCCGAGCGGGGCUAACAACAAAGCUAAAGGCUAAUCCCCACAGAACGCCGCUUCCUUCCAUCCUGCUUUCAAACGUCCGCUCCCUGGAGAACAAACUGGACUACCUGAAGCUGGAUUUAAAUGCAAGACGCGAGAUGAGGGACUGCUGCGCCAUAUUUCUAACAGAAACGUGGCUGAAACCAUCCGUUCCGGACGAGGCAGUUAGCAUAGAGGGGCUAACUAUGUUUCGGUCGGACAGAAGCAAAUCUCUCACUGGUAAAUCCCGAGGUGGUGGUGUUUGCAUAUACGUCAAUAAUAACUGGUGCAAUAAUGGGAAGAUAGUAUCACGUCACUG